AUGGAAGAGCAAGAUAGAGUGCUUCAUGUAGCCAAUGUUGGGAACACUGGAUUUAUCAUUAUAAGAGAUGGUUCCAUCUUUAAAAAAUCAACUCCAAUGUUUCAUGAAUUCAACUUUCCAAUACAGAUAGUUAAAGGAGAUGAUCUCUCAGAACUCAUUGAGGGGUACACAAUCGAUCUACACGAUGGUGAUGUGAUAGUUACUGCUACGAAUGGCCUCUUCGACAAUCUUUAUGAGCAAGAAAUAGCAUCUAUUAUAUCAAAAACACUACAAGCUAGCUUAAAACCUCAGGAAAUAGCGGAAUUCCUGGCCAUGAGGGCACUAGAAGUUGGAAGAUCAACAUCCAUAAGAAGUCCUUUUUCUGAUGAAGCCCAGGCUCUGGGUUAUGUGGGAUAUGUCGGUGGCAAGCUUGAUGAUACUCAGUCACAAGUCACAGACACACAGUGA